AUGAUCCGAGUGCUCCUUCAAGACUGUCGCGCAAGGCUUCGCAAAUACCAUCAAAGGAUUAACCUGCUUCAGCAGAGGGUGGCCGGACGAACUCGCGAACAGAUGGCGGCACGCGAAGUAGCACUAGAGAACAAAUUCCGCAAGCUGCCCAAUCCAACGUCAUCCAAAAACGACAAAAUGGUGCACAGACUAUCGUCGAAGGAGCUGGCGAAGGAACAAAUGCAGGUGUUAAGGCAUGAGGCCUCAUUUGACACAGCCGAUGCCAAAACUGCCGACAUGAUUGAGGCAGUGGAGUCCAUCUUCAACCAGACGGAAGCGACAGACGACACGAAGAACCUUAUUCAACACAAGGUGUUAUCCCUCUUCAUGGCGCAUUGGCCGCGCACCGUGCCUUCCAAGGUCGAACGUGACGUAAUAAAGGAACUCAAGGCCGACAACGAGCUCGUUAUCGUGCCUGCAGACAAGGGGCAUUCCACGGUCGCAUUGGACAGGACAGACUGCAUUUAG